AACGUGUUUACCUCUGAGUGUGGACACGCACACAGAGACACACAGACACAGAGACACACGGACACACACAGACACAGAGACACACGGACACACACAGACACACACACACACACACACACACAGAGACACACACACACACAGACACACACACACACACACACACACACACACACACACAGAGACACACACAGAGACACAGAGCCGAGGCAGGGUCGGGCAUGGCAGUGGUGGGGGAGGCGGUGUUGGGGGGGGCAGUGGGGGAAACGGAGCUGAUCCACGUGGCUUUAGUCCAGAGCAGCGCGGGCGCGUGCCUCCGGGGCCACCUGAGGAAAUCCGCGCGUGCAGUCGCUCUCAAACUCCUCAGUACGAACAGCUCUUUGUCACAGAUGCAGGAGGUAUUGGUGCAGGGUGGAGUGUGUGUGGAGCGACUCGUGCAGCCUGUAGGUGUGUACCGGAGUCGUUUCCUCACUGGGCUGCUGUGGGACUGGAUGCCUGAAGGAUCUCUGCAUUCACUGCUGUAUGAGACUCGCCUGUACCCGGACCUGCCCCUGGUUCUGCGCUUACAGAUCCUGCUGGACGCGGCUGAGGGUUUAAACGUCCUUCAUGCCGUCUCUCUGCCUCACGGUGCGCUGAAGACCACCAACGUCCUGCUCGACCAGCAGUACCGCGCUAAACUGUGUGAUUGGGGACAGGGGACGCUGGUGGACGUCAGAACCCGUGUCCCUCCCAGCAGCACUCCGUGUUUUAGAGACCUGGCGUUCCUGGCUCCAGAGGUUCUGCAGGGAAACGUUCCGAGUGUGAAGUCAGAUGUGUACAGUUUUGGGGUUCUGAUGUGGGAAACUCUGAACAGACGACCACUGAGUGAAGGGUUGGAUCAGCUGCAGAACCUGGUUAUGUGCACUCAGGAAGGGGCGGAGCCAGGUAUGGGGAUUAAUCUGUUGCCCCCGGAGACACCACAAAGCCACGCCCUCACUCAGCUCAUAGCCAGAUGUUGGUCUGUUGAUCCGAAACAGCGGCCGCUGGCUGAAGAGUGCGUCCUGGAGCUCAGGAAGGUUCUGGAAACACUGGACUCGGGAGCUCACUGUGCAGCAGUCCGCCUGGUAAAAGCGUGCAAGGAGAGGGCGCUGCUGAGCUGUAAACACACUCCAGCCUGGGAGAUGCCUGUGGAACUCAACAACCUGGAGGGCUACGGUGGCUCCACAAGUCCAAAACACCUGAUGUCUAAGACAAUCCCUGUGAUGGUGCCGUACUCACACAGACACACCCCUCCAACACCCAAAUCGGAUGAGACGAUCCCGAGAGGAAGCCCACCUUUCCCCGCUCCGACACGGGCAUCGCUUCCGACAGCAUGCUGCAGGGUUGGCUCCUCCCACAGUGCGGGUGGUUUAUCCAGCACUAACCCCGGUGGGAGACCCUGUGGUGGAGUUUGGGGCGUAAAACAGACUCGAGCUUCUCCGUCAUCAAACACGCCGUGCGGCUCACCGACGUCACCGACACACACAGCUGCACAUCCAGUAAACCAGUCCGCGUGUCCAGUGUCCUCUGGCUGGACAUGCUGUCGGCUCCUGCAGGAGAGACGCGAAGCCAUCGUGCACUUCAUGACCGAGGGGCGACUCAACAACCUGCUGGACGUGUUGCGGGCGAGGCGGGCGGUCACACGCGAGGACUACGAGUUCAUCAUGGCAGCCAUGACGCUGAGCGCGCGCACACGCUGCCUCCUGGACAUGUGCGCCUGUCUGGGGGAGAGAGUGGCCGUCCUGGUCGCCACCACUCUGGGGCUGGUUUCUGUCGAGGCCGCAAACGGACACGCCUACUCUCAGAUAUCUGCUGAAGGCCAGGCAGGGUGAGGGACUGAGAUCACAAAAUGUUCCUGUGCUCAUUGGUAUUGAUGUGUAUAAGAAGCUUUACACCCUUUGUUAUGGACACGGAGAGGGAUUUGAUGUAAAUGUAGGACGUGCGAGUUGAUCAGACGAGAGCUGAUUUGAUCACAAACAUCAGCAGCAGCACUUCUGUGGAGGCGUUCAAGUCUUAUUCAUCACCAUUUUAAUGCUUUUAAGUCAAUCUCAGCGUGCUAAUGAGGUCAGGGCUCCAUUACAGCAGAAUUAAAGCAGUGUAUUUAUUCAGGUGGAUGGUUUUGGUUUAUUUAUGUCACGGUUUUGGUUUUUUUCCUCAUUUUUAUGACCCUCCAGUAUCUGUGAGUUGGGAUUUUUGAUCUUUCUCUCUGUAAUCAGGUCUCCAGUGUAAAUCCGCAGCGUAUGCAUCGUAUGCAAAUACAACUCUUUCCUCAGCUAGUAGUGGAUUUUAUCCUGCAAGUAUCUUGUAACAAGAGCCUCUUUAUUUUAUUGUUGUCUCCAGGAUGAGGGUAAUGUUCCUCCUGUUACACCGAUUAAUUACAUCAAUCAAUCAACACACAGUGCUCGUGUACUGAGUGUGUGAUUCAUCAGUCAACAUUAAAUCAACUUUAACCUGAA